GUUUGUCACACAAACAGCUGAUUACACUAAGAAAAAAAUUGGUGAAAAUUAAACAAAUAUUUUGACACAAAUAUAACUAAUAAUUGAUAUACAAUACUUUUAAAAAUAAAAUUGACAAAAAAUCAUACUUGCGUGAUAAAGUUCUAAAAGCUGAUUGACAUUAUAAUUGUGGCAAGGCUGCAAUUUGACGUUCUGCUUGGAAUUAUUUUCGUUUUGCUUUGAACCUUAACGACCAAUUGUCAGAAGUUUUUCUCUACUGCCAUCAGGCAUUACGUUAACUAUACUGUGCACGCUGAAAAUUGACAACGAAUAAGUGUAACUAAAAGAGUACUACGAAAAAAAUCGAAAAUGCAGCCUGUAAAAGUGAUAUUUUCGAGCGUUGCACGCCGUGCUUUCUCAACAUCAACCAAGACCCUUGCGGCGAAGCAAAUUACCGUACGUGAAGCUCUAAAUACCGCUCUGGAUGAAGAGAUGGCACGCGACGACCGUGUCUUUCUAAUGGGUGAAGAGGUCGCUCAAUAUGAUGGCGCCUAUAAGGUAUCGCGCGGUCUCUGGAAGAAAUAUGGUGAUCAUCGCGUAGUAGACACACCUAUUACAGAGAUGGGUUUUGCCGGUAUUGCUGUGGGUGCUGCUAUGGCUGGCUUACGACCAAUUUGCGAGUUCAUGACCUUUAAUUUCUCCAUGCAAGCCAUCGAUCAUGUAAUAAACUCUGCAGCAAAGACAUUUUACAUGUCUGCCGGUAUGGUCAACGUGCCGAUAGUCUUUCGUGGUCCUAAUGGUGCUGCUGCUGGUGUGGCUGCGCAGCAUUCACAAUGUUUUGCUGCCUGGUAUGGCCAUUGUCCGGGCUUGAAGGUUAUUUCACCCUACGACAGUGAGGAUGCACGUGGCCUACUGAAGGCUGCCAUUCGCGAUCCUGAUCCAGUGGUGUGCCUAGAGAAUGAAAUGUUGUAUGGCGUUGCAUUCCCAGUGGAUGAUAAGGUAUUGGACAAAGACUUUGUCUUGCCCAUUGGUAAGGCCAAAGUUAUGAAACCCGGCAAUCAUAUAACUUUGGUGGCACAUUCAAGAGCUGUUGAAACCGCAUUAGUAGCAGCCGCCGAGCUUGCUAAGAAGGGUAUUGAAGCUGAGGUUAUCAACUUGCGGUCGAUCCGUCCAUUGGACAUGGACACAAUUUGCCAGUCCGUCAAGAAGACACAUCACCUUGUGACUGUAGAACAAGGCUGGCCACAACAUGGUGUUGGUGCCGAAAUUUGCGCCCGUAUCAUGGAAGACGAAAGCUUCUUCCACUUAGACGCGCCCGUGUGGCGUGUAUGCGGCGUUGAUGUGCCUAUGCCUUAUGCAAAGACCCUGGAAGCAAAUGCAUUACCACAAGCGCAAAACGUUGUGGAAGCUGUCACUAAAAUUAUUGGACCCAAAAAGUAGAAAAUUUCACACAUCUAAAUCACAUCAUUAGAACAAUUCAAAUUAAUAGAUCGAACGAUCAUUCACAAACAGUUUCACCCACAACUUAUUUGUUUAUAAAAGAAAAAGACAUGCCAGACACUUUGAUGAACCGCCGCAAAUUCGCAAAAACUACAAAACAUUUACACAGAUAUUAGCAUGAUAUUAGCUAAAAAGCCUUUUAUUUAUUAGUUUCACCUUUAAGCUAAAAGUGUGCAACUCAUAAGUAGUCACAUAUUAAAUGUUUGAAAAAAUUGAAAUUCGGCGAUUUGUCUAAGAUUGAAAGCAUAAGCAUUGGUAGGCACACAUAAUUGGGAGGCUAAUCCAUUAACGAACAUCGUUGUGCUACACACCUGCCAUAGUGUAUACAUUUAAAGUAUGAUCGAAGUACGUGGGUGAGCACGCACGUAAUUUGUGAUUAUUAAUUAAACUAAUUUUUAGUUCAAAGAAUAUAACAAUUAUCGAUUCUCAUAAGGUAAAAGGUCAGCUAUACAAAUUUCAAAUAAAACCUAUUAUGAACACUAAA